CCCAAGCGCUGUGACUAUAGUCCCUCUACGGCAUCCGUAGGUUACAUUUGAAUCAAAAUGGCUUCCCUUAUUGACAACAAUUUAAUUGAAAGUGAUUUGCCCAAAGCUGUACAGCUGCUGAAUAGUCUCACAGAACAGGUGGCCUCAGUUACAAGUCACGUCCGUGAGCUGCUAACACAAGUCAAAGAUGGGGCAUUUAAGACCUCUAAGGGUUUGUCUUUCUUGGACCUUCGGUACCACCUGCUGCUCUUCUAUCUUCAAGACCUCACUCACCUGAUCGCCGUCAAAACAGAAGGAGGCAAAAUAAAAGACAGCGACGCCUUGAACAGAGUCGUCACAAUCAGAACGGUGCUGGAGAAGAUGCGACCGCUAGACCACAAACUCAAGUAUCAGAUUGAUAAACUUGUGCGCACAGCUGUCACCGGCAGUUUAGCUGAAAAUGACCCCCUGCAGCUGCGUCCUAACCCUGAGAAUCUUAUCAGCAAACUGAGUGAAUCUGAGGAGUCUGAAGGCGAAGAUGACAAUAAGAUGGCCACAGAGAAGAAAGCAGCCCACCCUAGUGGCAGGAAAUAUGUACCGCCAAAGAUUGCCGCAGUGCAUUAUGACGGUGACAUGAGCGAAGCAGACAAGAAGAAGGCCCAGGCAGAGCGUCAGCGGCGGGCUGCCCUCAGGAGCUCUGUGAUCCAGGAGCUGAGGCAGCAGUACAGUGACGCUCCGGAGGAGAUCAGGGACAGGCGGGACUUCCAGAGCGAGCGGGAGAGCCGCGAUGAGCUGCACAGGAAACAUUAUGAGGAGUCGAUGAUGGUGCGUCUCAACACGCCAAAACGCCAGAAGAAUGGCAAAAAGAGAGGCGUGAUGGGCAUGUUUGGCCAGUUGAGCGGUAUCACACACUUCAGUGACAUCAGCGCGCUGACAGGUGGCGAGGGUGGGCAGGACGGGGAUAACCCUCGACCAAAGAAAAAGAAGAAACUCAUGAAGAAGACAACCAAAAGAAGAGCUUUUAAGAAGCACAGAUAGACCAAAUGACUUGAAGACGAUUUCUGAAGAACUGCAAUCAUUCAAGUUCUUAAUUUGAAGGAUUUUGUUACUAAAGUUAGUAGUACUACAGUAAUGAGCCUUUUCCAUUCACUUUGUGGAAUAAACAUUUCCUGUUGACUUUA